ACAGGACAGCACGAUAGGCGACGCCGGACGCAGUUUCCUCUUCUUUUCUUCGCGUCGCCCUGCAACCCCACCCACCGCCGCCGCCACCCAGCACCACAAGCCCGCACGAUCCCUCUCCGCGUCCUUGGUCGCCGACUUCCGAUAAGCUUCGACGCCGCGCUCGCACGAGCUAGCGCAAAGCUCCAGCAUAUUAUCCCCAAUUUCGGAAGUCCGAUCCCCGGUUCGAUCCAGAGCACCCUUUUUUUGUAGGGUUUGGUUUUGGCCCGUGGAUCUAGGGUUUGGUGAGCCAAUUUUCCCCGAUUCCCUUCGAUUGCUGGGAUUUGUUGUGCCUGCGCAUCAUGGCCGCGGGGCGCCACGGAGGGUACAGUGGCUACGAGGUGUCGAAGGAGCGGGAGUUCGAUCUGGAGGCUUCUAGAAGGGGCAAGGAUUACCAUCACCGCAACCCUAGCCGACACCGCGACUCAGAUCGUCGUCGUGAUGGCGGCCGGAGCAGGGACCGGGAGCCGUCAAAUGGGCACACCCGCCACCGGUCGCUACAUCUGCCACUGAAGAGCCGGCCGUCAGGGAGGAGGGAGGAGAGGGAACCCGGCGAGGUUUCAAGCGGAAGUGGCUCGGAAGAGUCUCGUGGGUGGCCGCUGAAGGCAAGGGAACCUGGUGUGAAUGGUGUUGCUGGGGUCAGCAGGGAGGGCGGGGUGCCAUCCCCAACUAAGAAGCGAAAAUACUCGCCUAUUAUUUUGGACAGGAAUGGUUCAAAGCCUCGUGUCCAAGAUUUUGCGAGUAGCAUGAAAGAUGUAGGCACUGUGGUUGCCAACCUCCCAGAUGUUGGCAACCCGAGCAGCAUUGAUUUGGAUGCAUCGGUUGAUGUACAAAAUGUUGAAAGAUUACAGGAGCACUGCAAUGAUAGGGUUAUUAUGGAGGAGGAUGAGGAGGAGGAUGCUUAUCCAACAAUGAUAAACAUUAGGACUUCACGAUGGGCAGAUGCUGAUGACGAGGAAGAAAUUGUGUCGAAGAAGAAGAAAAGCGUGUCACCAGAACAAGGGUCCGUGAAAAAGCUUACAAGCCCAGAGCUUGGAAAGUUGAUGAUGGAUAAAGACUCAAACUCCUCAGUGUCGUCUGACUCUGGCGUAGUACAGUUUAGUGCAAACAGGGAUCUUGAAGUAGAUAAGGGUGACUACAUGGAUAUCGAGAAGGAUGCUGGGGAUGAUUCUUCUGCUCUUUGUGGGAUGCACACUGAUUCUGAGAGUCAUCGGUGUAGCUCUAGAACCCCAGAGCCCGCAGGGUCACCGCAUAGGUGCAUUAACAUGCUUCAGGGUUGUAGGGGUGUUGACGAGUUUGAGAGGCUCAACACAAUUAAUGAGGGUACAUACGGUAUUGUAUCUAGGGCAAAGGAUAAGAAAACUGGUGAGAUUGUUGCAUUGAAGAAGGUAAAGAUGGAGAAUGAACGGGAAGGUUUCCCACUGACUUCUCUCAGGGAAAUAAAUAUCCUGCUAUCGUUCCAUCACCCUUCGAUUGUGGAUGUCAAGGAAAUAGUCGUUGGGAGUGGUGACAGCACCUAUAUGGUGAUGGAGUACAUGGAGCACGAUCUCAAGGCUGUCAUGGAGACUAUGAAACAACCAUAUAGUCAAAGCGAGGUCAAAUGUUUGAUGCUUCAGCUGCUAGAAGGUGUGAAGUAUCUUCAUGACAAUUGGGUGAUUCACAGGGAUCUCAAGACGUCUAAUAUUCUCUUGAAUAACCGCGGUGAGUUGAAAAUAUGUGAUUUUGGGCUCUCUCGUCAAUAUGGCAGUCCACUAAAGCCUUACACUCAAUUGGUUGUGACUUUGUGGUACAGGGCUCCAGAACUACUGUUAGGCGCAAAGGAAUAUUCCACUGCUAUUGAUAUGUGGUCGUUGGGUUGUAUUAUGGCAGAACUCCUUUCAAAAAAGCCACUGUUUGAUGGGAAACGUGACAUCGACCAACUUAGUAAGAUAUUUAGAAUGCUUGGUACACCUAACGAGGACCUAUGGCCUGGUUAUUCUAAAUUACCGGGCGCCAGGGCCAAAUUUGCCAAACAACCGUACAAUAGAUUACGGGAAAAGUUUCCAGCUGUAUCUUUCACUGGUGGGCUGACCCUGUCAGAGGCUGGAUUUGACCUGCUAAACAGAAUGCUGACGUAUGACCCUGAAACGCGCAUAUCAGCAGAGGAUGCGUUGAACCAUGAAUGGUUCUGUGAAGUACCAUUGCCUCAGUCAAGGGAUUCUAUGCCAACAUUUCAUUCCCUUAAUGAACAAGACAGGCGCAUGAUGAAACGCAUGAAGAGCCCUGAUCCUCUGGAGGAGCAACGAAUGAAAGAACUGGGGAGCAUACACGACCGUGGAAUUUUUGGCUGAGCCCUGAUCUUUUGGUUUGCUGCAGAUGCCAAUCUUCAAUUAACAUGAACCUAAUGGAAGUGCAUGUGUUCCAAGGUCAGACGUCCACUGGAUAUAUGAAGUACACCGUCUUCUUGGUGUCUGGCGACAGUUGGUGGCCUUCUUUAGCAGGCAUGGAUGCAUAAUCAGAAGGGGAUACGAUUUCUCCUUAUAUUCCGUGCUAGGCACUAUUUCAUUUACAGGGUUAGCUCUUCCCCAACUUCUGGUCACAAUGAACUCUACUUUACUUGGUCACAAUCUAAUCCACUGUGCAUUGUAAGGUGUGCAAAUAUCUCAUACAGCUGCAUCAUAUGGUCUGGCCUAUUCACAGCUAUUGGGUACACCAGUUUCACAUACCGAUCUUCUGUAUGUAAAGUACUGUAAAGUGUAUUCCUUGUAAACAACAAUCAAUGAGAUCUUCUCACUUCA